AUGGCUGCUCAUCAGAUCAGUAAUCAGCUCUUCUUGAAAGCUUUUGUCCUUUUAAUGUCUUUACUUGUCCUUAUAAUAAGCUGCAAAUCCUCAUCUCCAGAUCAAUAUUAUUCCUCCUCUGCCUUUCACUGCAAUACUACUACUACUAGUAAUGGAUCAAUUUUGAGUCACUGUGAGACCUUUGCAAUUCUCCGGACAAAUUCAUUCUUCUCGUCUCUCUCCAACUUGAGCUCCUACCUCGGCAUCAACCGCUUCGCCAUCGCCGAUGCCAACGGCUUCUCUGCAGUGACGGAGUUUCUCCCCAGAGACCAGCCUUUGCUGAUUCCGAUCGGCUGUAAAUGUGACUCCGCCGGAUUGUUUGUGGCACAGUUGGCGAAAACUACUGUCAAGGGGGAGAGCUUUUCCGGGAUUGCUGAAUCUCUUGAGGGCUUAACUUCCAGCGAAGCCAUCAAGGAAAAGAAUCCCGGUGUAUCACCUUGGAAUCUUAGUGAUAAACUUGGGUUAGUAAUUCCACUUCCAUGUGCUUGUCCUUCAACUGAACCAUUCAGAUUCUUCCUCACCUAUCCGGUUACUCAAGGUGAUACAAUCUCUAACUUGGCGAUUAAGUUCAAUACCACUAGAGAGGCAAUUAUCUCUGCCAAUAACAGAUCUUUAACAGGAGCCUUUAGACCUGAUCAAGAAAGCUUGACACCUUUUACAUCUCUACUUGUCCCGGUUAGUACUAAGCCUCUUCUCAGUUCCCUCGCGAUACCCCGCCAGCCGAGUUUGGGGUUUCCGGCGACCCGCAUCCCGGUGAUUAGUCCACGAAAGAAGAAAUCGAAGAUGAGGAGAAUCGGGCUGUAUAUUGCGCUAAGUGGGAUCUUAGUUGGGGUCAGCAUCGCCGUGGCGGCGGCUUUCUUGGUGAUCCAAAUGAAGAAGAAGCAGAAUCUUUGCAAGGGAGGGGACUUGGAGCUUCAACAGCUUAGCCUAAGCGUGAGAACAACAAGCGACAAGAAGGCUUCCUUUGAGGGAUCUAAUCAGGACACUCUCGACGCUCAAGUCAGCACGACAGCGCCCCGAAAGGCGCUCACUGAGACCUACACUUUUGAGGAGCUUAGCAAAGCAACAGAGGGUUUCAGCUCUAGUAACCACAUUGAGGGCUCUGUUUACCACGGCCGUCUCAAUGGAAAAAACUUGGCAAUAAAACGGAUAAGACCGGAUAUCGUCCCCAAGAUAGAAUUCGGGCUCUCCAACGGCGCGAUUCACCAUCACCCCAACAUAAUAAGGCUGUCAGGAACAUGUUUGAAUGAAGAAGGUAGUCAUGAUUCAUUUCUGGUUUUCGAGUAUGCCAAAAAUGGAUCCUUGAAAGAUUGGCUUCACGGCGGAUUAGCCAUCAAAAACCAGUUUAUCGCCUCCUGCUAUUGUUUCCUAACAUGGAGCCAAAGACUUAAGAUCUGCCUUGACGUGGCCAUGGCGUUGAAGUACAUGCACCACAUAAUGGACCCUUGUUAUGUCCACAGAAACAUCAAGAGCAGGAACAUUUUCUUAGACGAGGAAUUUAACGCGAAGAUCGGGAAUUUCGGCAUGGCAAAGUGCGUAGAAAACGACGCGAUUUCAGAGCCUCUAAAUUGCACCACAAAUCCUUCAUCUUGGAGCCGAGGCUAUUUGGCUCCGGAGGGAGUAAUCUCCACAGGAACAGACAUAUUCGCAUAUGGGGUUGUCUUGCUCGAGGUUUUAUCGGGCCAAACGCCUAUAAUAAGGCCUAAUGAGAAAGGAGAACGCGGGAUUCGGCUCUCGGAGAAGAUCAAGUUCAUACUGGAGUCGGAAAAUGCAGAGGAGUUACGGGAGUGGAUGGACAGUGCAUUGGGAGAAAACUAUUCUUUUGAUGCGGCGGUUACGUUGGCCAACCUUGCGAGAGCUUGCGUAGAGGAAGACCCCGCGUUGAGACCCACCGCGGACGAAAUUGUUGAGAAGUUGACGAGACUUGGUGAAGAGUCGCCACAAGGAGAGUGUAGUUUGAUCAGUGAGAGCUCUUCCAAGCCACUAGUCAAAGCAGCUGCAAACAAUAUGUGA